AUGCCCCGCUACGUGGACUCGAUCAUCGGUGAUCGUCGGUUCGUCGGUUCGUCGGUUCGUUCGUUCGUCGAGUCGGCCCGGUGGCGACGUUUCCCACCAACCAACUUACAGAUUGUCAGCAUAGAUCUUUCAAAUGGUGUCACUGCCCUUUGGAAACUUACCCCCGUCGCCCACCAACAGAACCGCCGUGAGCCUGGCUGCUAG